AUGCGACUUCCCCUCAGCGUCCUCCUGAGACUGGGGGAAACGGGGCUCCUCCAACGCGCGUGCGCACACCGCGUCCGCUCCUCGCGCCUGCGCGCUGCCGGCGGAGGGCGCGAGAGCGGCGGCGGCUUCUCCCUUCCCUUCCCCCCGCCCCUCGCGCGCCGUCCGCCUUUGUUUCGAGCGUCUGUUUCCCAGGCAGCCUGGCGGCGGGGAGGUGGAGGCGGGCCGGGUGGGCGUGGCCAUGCAGAUGAGCGGCGGCGGGGGGGCGGGGCCCGGCGCUUCGGCCCCGUCAGUCGGAGCUGGGCGCUCGCGAAGCGAGGAGCAGCUGAGAGGCCCGAGACCCGGAGCGCCUCCCUCCCGACCCCCCCCCGGUCCGCCCUGCCCAGCCCCGAGGAUGAUAAACACCCAGGACAGGCCUUCCGGGGCCUUGGAGGCGGCUUCGUCGGGAACUUCUCACCGCACCUGCUGAGAGACGGUAGUAUUUUGCCUUUGAGUAACUCCCCUCAACUCCAGUGCUGCAGGCACAUCGUCCCAGGGCCUCUGUGGUGCUCCGAUGCCCCUCACCCACUGUCGAAGAUCCCCGGUGGGCGAGGGGUUGGCAGGGAUCCUUCUCCCUCAGCUUUGAUAUAUAAGGAUGAGAAGCUCACUGUUAACCAAGAUCUUCCAGUGCAUGAUGGGAAACCACACAUCGUUCACUUCCAGUACAAAGUGACCGAAGUCAAGAUCUCUUCCUGGGAUGCAGUGCUAUCCAAUCAGAGUCUUUUUGUGGAAAUCCCUGAUGGUUUAUUAGCUGAUGGGAGCAAAGAAGGAUUAUUAGCACUGUUGGAAUUUGCUGAAGAGAAAAUGAAAGCAAGUUAUGUCUUCAUUUGCUUCCGCAAAAGCAGAGAAGACCGAGCUCCAUUACUGAAAACAUUCAGUUUUUUGGGCUUUGAAAUUGUGAGGCCUGGCCACCCCUGUGUCCCAUCGCGGCCAGAUGUGUUGUUCAUGGUCUACCCCCUGGAUCAGGUCUCUUCCGAUGACGAUUAGACCCUGUGCAGCGCUUCAGAGGGACCUGAACAUGCUUCGGAGACGAGAGGGGGGCGAGACUCCUUUUCUGAGGAAAGCAAAAACAAAAAAUUCCUGGACUGAAACUGUAUUUCUUAUUGUUAGAGUGACCUGUAUAUCUUCUGAGUUGACUUUUCCAUUGAAAUGUGUUACCUAGCAAAUGAUAUAAAAGUCUGCACAUGUAACCGCACAAUCCUAAAUGGAAGGUGAAUGGAGCCCUUUCGUG